AUGGCGCUCCUCUACACGCUACACAUCCUUACAAUUACUGCAACUGCAAUCUUCGCAUUGCCAACCCCAGGGCUCAACUGUUAUGGCAGGCCAGCUGAUGUUGUCUUUCUUGUGGACACCUCGUCCAGUAUCUGGCCCUUCUACUUCACCAACAACGUCCUCCCCUUCAUCAGCGGCGUUGUAGACCUCUUCGACGUCGGCCCCGACCCCUCCCAGACCCGUGUUGGCUUGGCCACCUUCAGUAAUGACUGUCAUCUCCAGUUUCAUGUCGGGGACUUUCUCGACAAGGAGAAACUAACCGAUAAAAUCCUUGAUAUCUCCAUGGAUGGCGGUAACACUAACACCGGCGAGGCCUUGACAUUCGCUACGGAGGAGAUGUUCACAGCUGACCACGGAAGUCGAAACAACGCAGCUCACAUCAUUGUCAUCCUCACAGAUGGCGCUUCUCAGGAUUACGAGGCCACCCAGUUGGCUGCCCAAAACGCGCACCAGAAGGGCGUCCAGGUGUUUGCUAUUGGCGUAGGGUCUCAGAUUGACAACAAGGAACUGGAGGACAUUGCCAGCGACCCUGAUGAAGACUUCAAGUUUAAGGUGACCAAUUUCGAGGCUCUUGAAAGAAUCAAGGGAAAAUUGGCUGCGAAAACAUGUGAAGUGACGACACUUCGUGCUACCAAUGCCCCAAGCACAACCCCACUUUCGACAUCGCCGACUCCACCUUCCACAACGUCCACCUCGACACGGACGACGUCUGUUACAUCUACGACCACUACAGUAUCAACACAAGAACCUACAACUGCCGCCACACCAGCCCCUGUCGUCGAAGAAGCCACCCCAGAACCUACCCCAGAACCCGAAAAUACUGGAUUCAGAAGUGACGAGGAAAUCAGAAACCAAGAGUGUGGCGGCAAGCCAGCCGAUGUCUACUUCGUCCUGGACUCUUCUGGCAGCAUCGAGAAGGAGGACUUCAGCGACACCAUCCUCGACUUUGUUCGCAGCGUCUCUGGACUCUUUGACAUCGGUUCCGGAGAUUCUCAAACUCGCGUCGGCGUCGUCACGUUCAGCGAUGACGUCACCCGGAUCUUCCCACUGAGCGCCCACACAUCACGCGACGAGCUUCUCGAUGCCAUUUCCCCUGAGAACAUUCCACACAAGGCCCAGGGUACCAACACUGGCGAUGCUCUUCGCUUUGUGGUCGAUGAGGGCUUCUCUCCCAACGUCGCCAGACCCGGGGCUGCCCAUGUCGCUAUUGUCAUCACUGACGGCCAGUCAAAAGACACUGAAGCUACCAUCGCGGCCGCCAAGGCAGCGCACAGAGCAGGAAUCUAUGUAUUCGCUAUUGGCGUGGGCGAGUCGGUCGACCAGCAGGAACUGAAGGACAUCGCCAGCAAUCCCGACACUCGGUUCAUCUUCACCGUCAGCGACUUCGCCGCUCUGUCAGAGAUAAGGAACCUCUUAGCCAUCAGAACCUGUGAAGUUGACCAGCCAGAGGGCUUCAUUAAUGAACAAGCAGCCUGUGGACUGGACGAUGCUGAACUGGUGUUUGUCUACGAUUCUUUCUCCAUGGGGCUGAAAUCAACCCGUCUGAUCUACUCGGAGGCCAGUCGCAUCACCUCCAGCCUCAGACGCCGAGUAAAGAACCUCUCCGUGGGGAUGAUCUCCGAGGCAUGUCCCUCCAACCUCGACAUCACCGUCAGGGACUCCGCGACCUUCGUCAGACAGACUCAACACAUUGAAGACAUCGUCAAAACCAAGAUUCCAAAUCUGAUCAAGGACGUUCGCCGGAAGUGGUUCUCGAAGACGCAACAGUCAGGUCGCCAGAUCAUGAUCCUCUACGUUGACGAGACAAGCCUUGAGAACUCACAAGAUCUACUGAGUCAGACAAGAUACGCCAAACACAAGGGCAUAGAGGUGUUCGUUGUCGCCCUGGGCGAGGUCGACUCAAAACUCGUGGCUUCAAUCGCUUCUGAACCACAUGACGAUCACGUGAUCAAUGUCAACAAUGCAAGGCAUCUAAACAAGUUCAGGAACGACAUCGUAGAGGAUCUAUGUGGAGGUCACGUGAAGGAUGACGAUUUUAAGCUGCCCCUGGUGGACAGCCAGUAAAACGACACACCUGCCCCAGAAUGUUGCGACCAUGGACCCUCAGUCGAUAAAUCUCAAAUGUGCAUAUCCUUGUGUUUUGAACGAGUGAACGAAGGCAGUCUGCUACCAAGGAAUGGGAGCAUUAUAAUCGAUAAACCUACACAUGUAGCCAUGCGUUAUGGCUAAAUGUACCGGAGCAGUUUUUACUAUGGAAUGGGAGCAUACCAGUCGAUAAACAUACACGUACAUCCAUGUGUUGUGACUGAAUGAAACCAGUCUGUGAAAAUUGAGUGGGGACUGGCUGUUGAAUGAUGUUACGAUACUGCUGUUUACACGUGUGCCACAUGUUACAUGUGUUUGUAUUUAUCCCUAUUGCGCCUGUCAUGCUAUUUUUGUCAACUCCUUGAAAUACUAAGCCUCGGUGAUUGAGGUUGAAAGAAUGGUCUCUUUUUGACGCUGUGAUAUGAUUCAACUGGUGCUAUUUUCCAUGUGGAUCUGUGUAGUGGUCCACACGUUAACACGCUUAGCUUUCAUCACCAAGUCCCCGUAAUUAUCAUGAUUGGUCAUCUUAUAUGCAUUUUCAUUUAUUUUUCAUAAUGCCAUUUAUGUAUUUAUUGUUUACCAGUUUAUUACACAUUUUUAUAUUUUUAUAACAAAUGAUUAUGUAUACAAAAAUAAACUAUUUAC